AGUGCACAAUUACACACUCACCGCUCCGCUGAAACAUCACAAUUACAAUUCAAAUAUUUAAUUCACAUCUCCAAAAAUGCAGUUGUACUGUAAUUAUGAAACGGUUAAAUUUUUAAUUGAAAUGCACUGCAGAUAUGAGUGAAAUUGUGUAAAGUAACUCCAUCACACUGUAUAAAGCUAUGAUAAAUUUUUUGAUAUUUUUACUGAAAACAAGACAAAAAUACCAAGUAAUUUUUUGCAGUGUGACUCCAUUAAAUGUGUGUGUGUGUGUGUGUGUGUGUGUGUAGAUUAAACAUGAACGGGCCAAAACGGACAUGGCAGCAGGUCAAAAUCAAAUACAAGAACAUUCUGCAGAAUGCAGUGAAAAAGAAUACCCACAGACAAGGCACGGGUGGUGGGUCACCAAAGGCUGACCUUACCCCAGCAGAGGACAUGGCCUUGGAGCUAAAUAAAGGCAGGCCCGUCUUAGAGGGGAUCCCUGGGGGGAAAGAGACGAGCAUAGGUUCCUCCCAAGAUGCCACCCGCUUCAUUCAAGUGCCUGGCAGCACUGUGUUCCUGUUAGAGCCACCAGCACAAGCACCAGACGAUGCUGAUCCAGGUGAAGGCCCCAGUGCAGCAGCAACAGCACAUGAUGGAGACGAUGAUGAGGAGGAGACCAUCUCUCUGGAUUCCAGAAGGCAUGAGGACCCAGAUGCUAUACAGUGGGAAAACCAGCCUGGCAACAUAAGCUCACAAGCUAUCAGAAAGUUGUAUGGCAACCACCUCCGGCGCCAAAUAGAACUGGCAGACAUAGACAUUCAGUACAAGAAGAAAAAGAUGGAAAAUCUUGCACUGGAGUCCGAAAUAAAAAGAGGACAAUUAGGAAACUGGACCUUGAAAUAAAAAAACUUGAGAGGGAGCUCCAAGAAGAUGACACAGCUCAAAAUAAAAAUUAGGUAUAUUCUCGUAAAGUCAAGUGAGCCAUGACAUAUGAGCUCUUAUUGUGAGCACACAGGACGGUGGCAUCUUUCUAAGUUUUUUUUUAUUUUCCCAGCAAUCAGUACAACCAAGUCAUCGUUAUAAGGCGUCGCCCUCUUUUGCCCACCCCCCCAGCACCAGGUGUGGCCACUAGCCUAUAUGAAGGCCCAAAAUUGUGUGUUCCUUUCUGCUCUGACAAUGGCAUGCCCAUUCGUGCGAGAUGUGGUGGAUGAAGAAGCACUUGUGCUGAGGAGAGCCUUCAGGCGAGAAAGGGUCUUCAGGGCCGGUUGGACCCACUGGCCUUCCCUGAUGACCAUCUAUAUGAAAGAUACAGGUUUUCUGCAGAUGGCAUCAGGUAUCUAUGCAGACUACUGGGUCCCAGGAUUAAGCACCGCACUGCACGGAGCCAUGCACUGAGUGUGGAGCAAAUGGUUUGUGUGGCCUUGCGCUUUUUUGCUAGUGGAGCCUUCCUGUACUCAGUGGGGGAUGCAGAACAGCUGAACAAGGCCACAAUUUGCCGCACAAUAAGGAGUGUGUCUGGCUAUCAAAGCAUUAGCAGAUGUCUUCAUCUCCUUCCCUGGCCACAGAAGACUCUGUGACAUCAAAGAGGAGUUCUAUAGGAUUGCAGGUUUCCCCAAUGUCAUUGGUGCAGUGGACUGCACACACAUAAGGAUAAAAGCCCCCUCAGGUGCCCAUGAGGCCGAUUUUGUGAAUAGGAAAUCCUUUCACAGCAUUAAUGUUCAGAUGGUCUGCAAUGCUGACUGUGUGAUCAGCAAUGUUGUGGCAAAAUGGCCUGGCUCAGUCCAUGACUCCAGAAUCUUUCGGGCCUCUGAAAUCUAUCAGUGCCUAUCACAAGGUGAAUUCUCUGGUGUGUUGCUGGGAGACAGGGGGUAUGGCUGCCAGCCUUUUCUCCUGACACCUUUCACAGACCCCCAGGAAGCACAGCAGGCCUACAACCAUGCCCAUGCCAGGACCAGGGCCAGAGUUGAAAUGACCUUUGGCCUCCUGAAGGCACGCUUUCACUGCCUUCACAAAUUAAGGGUCAGCCCUGUUAGGGCAUGUGAUAUUACUGUGGCUUGUGCUGUCCUCCACAAUGUGGCCUGCCUGAGGAAGGAGAGGGCCCCCAGAGUGCCACCAGCCAUGGACUGGGACAAUCCGGCAAUCUUCCCUGAUGACGACAGUGGUCGGCUGCUGAGGGACCAAUAUGUGUUGAAUUAUUUUAGUUAGUAUGUGUGCUUUCAAUUUUGGUUAAAUAUGUCCUGCGGUGGCAGAGGAAUUUGGG